AUGAAGCUCGGCGAGGCGUGCGCCGUCGCGCCGCUGGCCGUGUCCAGUGGCCUGCUGGCUGCCGGGGCCGCGAUCGCCUUCGCGCCAUCCGUCGGCUCAACGCCCGCGAGGCAUGCGCUUCGCUCCAGCGGCGCCGCACGUGGCAGCGCCACAGGCGGCACCGUGGACCAGGCAGCGUGCGCGCCCGCCGUUGCGGCGGCUCUGGUGGGCGCGGCGGCAGGCGCCCGCCGGAGCAGGAGGGCUCGGCGCUCUGCUCGUCAGGCACUGCAGACCGCGUUCAAGACGGACAUGUCCGAGAAGAUCUUCGCCGAGGCCCAGGACUUGAUGCCUGGCGGGGUGUCCAGCCCUGUCCGCGCGUUCAAGUCUGUGGGAGGGGCCCCGAUCGUCUUCGACAGGGUCAAGGGUGCAUACGCUUUCGAUGUGGACGGGAACAAGUACAUCGACUAUGUGGGCACCUGGGGACCUGCCAUCAUCGGCCACGCCGACGACGUAGUCCUUGCCGCACUGAAGGACCAGAUGGAGAAGGGCACGUCGUUCGGGGCCCCCUCCACCCUGGAGAACGUGCUGGCCAAGAUGGUGAUCGACGCGGUGCCGUCGGUGGAGAUGGUCCGGUUCACCAACAGCGGCACCGAGGCGUGCAUGGGCAUGUUGCGCCUGGUGCGGGCGUACACGAAUCGUGAGACCGUCAUCAAGUUCGAGGGCUGCUACCACGGCCACGCGGACUCGUUCCUGGUGCAGGCCGGCUCUGGCGUCGCCACCCUGGGCCUGCCCGACUCGCCGGGCGUGCCGAAGGGGGCGACCGCCGGCACGCUGUGCGCACAGUACAACAAUCUCGAGUCCGUCGAGGCUCUCCUGAAGGAGAACGAGGUUGCCGCGGUGAUCCUCGAGCCCGUGGUGGGAAACUCUGGCUUCAUCCCGCCCACGAAGGAGUUCUUGCAGGGCCUCCGGGAGCUGACCACCAAGUACGGCGCCCUACUAGUCUUCGACGAGGUGAUGACCGGCUUCCGCAUCGCCUACGGAGGAGCCCAGGCGUACUUCGGCGUCACCCCGGACGUCACGACGAUGGGCAAGGUCAUCGGCGGCGGGCUUCCCGUCGGCGCUUACGGAGGCCGCCGCGACAUCAUGGAGGUGGUCGCGCCAGCGGGCCCCAUGUACCAGGCGGGCACGCUGAGCGGCAAUCCCCUCGCCAUGACCGCCGGCAUCGAGACGAUGAAGAGACUCCAGCAGCCUGGGUCCUACGAGCACCUGGACAAGAUCACGAAGAAGCUCAUCGGCGGUAUCCUGGACGCGGGGAAGGAGGCUGGCCAUGCCCUGUGUGGCGGCUCCAUCAGUGGGAUGUUCGGCUUCUUCUUCUGCGAGGGGCCGGUCACGUGCUUCGCUGAUGCCACGAAAAGCGACACAGACAAGUUUGCGAGGUGGCACAGGAAGAUGCUGGAGCGUGGCAUCUACUUGGCGCCUUCUCAGUACGAGGCUGGCUUCACUUCGCUAGCGCACACCGAGGAGGACAUCGACGCCACGAUCGCCGCCGCCAAGGAGGUAUUCGCGGAGAUCUGA